AUGUGUUUUAGCUCAAAGCAAGAAGUAUAUUCGUUUUAUGCAAAAUAUGCAAAGCACCUCGAAUUUGCUGUAGCUUAUAGAACACAGAAUAUUGGACAAGAUGGAGAAGUAAAAUACUUUGGAGUUGAAUGUACUCGGGCACGCAAGAGAACAAAACAAUCAGAAGUACACCCUCUCGAACCAUCUUUGUCAUCAUUCAUUGAGUGUAAAGCAAAGGUUAGAGCAACUCUACAAAAGGAUGGAAGAUUUAAGUUGACCACAGUUGUCUUUGAACAUACGUAUGACUUGAUUCCUAGUGACUCACGACAUUUUGCAAUGAAUAAGAGAAUUCUUACCCCUGUGAAGAGAAGACUAGAAAUAAACGAUGAAGCAGGGAUAGGGAUGGCUAGGAAUUUUCAUUCUAUAAUUGUUGAAGCAGGAGGGUAUGAGGCAUUAACAUUUGAUGAACAAGAUGCAAGGAAUCAUAUUCAGAGUAUGAGAAGAUUGAGGCUUGGGAUAGGAGAUGUUGCAUCAGUUGCACUUUAUUUUCAUAGGAUGUAA